AAGCUGUUUAAACUUGUUUUUGCAUAAAUCGGUACAUCGGUGCACCAAGUUCUGAUAACAUUAGUACUUAACCAAUUGGUUUAUUAGUCAUGGACAAAAUGUAGACUUCAAAAUAGAAGAUGAUUACUGAUAAAUGUAAAACAGGCAAUAAGCUAAUCAUUAUACAAAAUAAAAAAUUUAACUGGGAGAUUGUAGGGCUUUACCCCGAAGGGAGCCCUUCCAGAAAUUCUCGAAGGCCCAAGACAAGCUUAGGCCCAGGAGGGGGUUUGGAAAUAGUUUUCAACCAGCAAUAGACGCGCCUCGGUUAGAACCUCAUUAGCUGCGUCAUUGCCCCAAGCGCAAAGAUAAAUUUUUCUCACCUCAAAGCCGCUUUAUUUAUACUCGACCAAAACCUAUCAUCUUAUAACUUGUUUCCGAUGUGGGACUCUGGCUUUUACCAAUUUUUUCUUUUUAAUUUAUUUUUCUAGAAACCUAAGAAAAUUUAGUUUCCGUCGCAGUCGCUGCCGCACCGGUGGAAAAAAUGGCGACUACAACUUCGUCGGAUCGCGAAUUCGAGCUUGAGAAAGAGAUAAAGAGGCAAGAGGUUUCGUUAGAUGAAUUGAGCAGUCUCUCUUCUUCUCGAAGUAUCUACCAGAAAAACGGUAACCUCUUCUUCCUCACAUCAGCCGAGAAAGCGAAAAUCUCUGCGCAGAAACAACUUGAUUACGCUAAAUCUGAAAUCAACAAGAUUCGUUCGCAGAAAUAAACAAUGGAGAUUUCUAGUUGCUGAAGAUCCAACAAGGCUGUUCCUUUUUUUUAUGAUGUAUCUCUGAUUAUUGAUGCUAUAUAAAUUUUCAUUAGUUCGUGUAUGAUCUUGAACUAUCUUGGAAUUGCUUUAAAUUACUUGAUUUUGAUAUGAUAAUCAGCUAAUUCUGAUAGUAAUUUUAAUU